ACGGUUAUGAGCGACCAUGAGCAUAAUCAUACGGGCCAUCAGCCCUCCUACACGAGGAUUUUUGCAAGGAAGUUCCCCAUCAUCGGGUGGGUCCCUAUUGGGUUCUACAUUCCUGACUGCACUUCGAAGUAUGACUUGAGAAGGCUCAUCGAGAAGCACGGAGGAAUUGUGGUCAAGUAUGAAGCGUUUUGUUACCAAAUCAAGCCUCAGAAAGAGUGUAAUGAUCUUAAGAAGUUCUACACUGGCAAUAUUUACUCUUCCAAGUGGAUCAAGGCUUGUAUUAAAAGAGGCAAGUUCAUUGAAGAUAAUGAGUCAUAUUGUCUUGGAUUUAACCGGAACCCAGCCUUGAAGACUAUUACUAAGAAGAGAACUGCCUACACUAUCAUCGAAGUGCUAAAGAUGUUUGAUAUGGCAAAUAAAGUCAUCGAUUACUCGAGCAGAUCCGUGAAAUUCUGGGAUGAGGUCGAGAAGAAAUAAUAUUAUUCCGGAUAGAACAAGCCAGAGCCUCAGAACUGCAUGGAGGAAGUUCUCAAAGUACGGAGAAGAGCAGUUUAUCAAAGAAGCGUUAAAAGACCAGAAAAUCAGGUUCUCCCACCAGUUCGAGUCAGUUCCAUUUUUGAAGUCUCAGCCUAAAGUUGUUGCUCAACCCCCUCCAAAACCUCAAAUUUCAGUUUCAGUGCAUUCAGAGGAGGGAGAAGCCAAAGAAGAAGUUGAAGAAAUUGAACAAAGAGAAAUAGACCAAAGGCAAAUUCAUGAAGAGAUCGAGGAACCUCUCGAUAUGGAGGUGUGCUCAAGAGAAGCUAGCGAAGAAGCUGCCCAGCAAGAAGAGGAUGACAAUUGUGAGUUCCUCCUUGCCAUUGAAGAUCUCCAGAGUGCUCUGGCUUUUAAUGCCACGGAUGAUAGAACUUACUCAUUGAAUGCUCCCAAGCGGAGAAAAGACAAAACAUUGAGUGAGCUCUAUGACGAUGCUGAGAACAUAAGCAUCGGAGAUUAUGAGGCCACAAAGAUCAACUCUCCUGACGGGUCCAAUGACGAUUCGACGAGGUUCAACUCAAAAUGCUCUGGAGAAAAUGUAGACUAUAUGAACUCAAAUAUUUCGAUUACAAGAAAUAGAAUUAGCAAUGAGUUUACAGUGAAGAAAGUAGCUGUUCAAAAAUCAAAGCAACAGUUCUUUGAAGACCUCUCCAAAGAGCUCAGAAGUCUUUCCAAGGAAUAUGGAAAGGAAAUGGACGAGAUGCACAUGCUCUUCAUGGAAGUCUCCUGUGACUUAGGAGAACUCAAAAGCCUUUUGAAAGGCAUGAAAGCUCCUAAAUGGAGCAUGCUUGAAGACCUUGCCAUCCAAAGCGAGCCAGACUCCGCAGAAUUUAAGCAUAUUUGCAAUAGCAAAGGCGAAUCUCACGUUCUCAAAAGAAGGAAGUUCCUUGAGUUGCAUGGGUAGCUUUCCGAAGGCCACGCUUGCGUAAUAAAGGUUGAUUGCAUGCCUUGUCUACCUCCAUUUUGCUGUUUGCUUCAACAAAAUUCA